CGGUAAUUAUAAAUGCGACUGGUACAUAAACUUGGUUAAUAAUUGACUGGAGUUUAGUCAGCCAUGGAACGUUAAUAUGGAUCCUUUUCGCAUUAAACAACGGACGUAAAUUACAUAUAUUUGAAUCUGUUGUUAGCCGCAGCAUUGUUAGCUAUUGCGUGGCUCAUAUUCGCAAUCAUUAAAGGAGACAGAUUUGGACUGACUUUGUCUCCGAACCUGCUUUGUUAAUCUGUACGUGGAAAAUGUCUUGUAUCUCACCGAAACUCCUCUUGCAGGCAAAAUGGAUGAAUCAGUUGGCUGGACGUUUGUUAUCAUCUUGUGUUACAUCGGAUUCAAACUACAAAACGGCGAUUGUAAAUAGUGCAAAUAUGGCUUAUUUGGAUGUUGGUCGAAACAAAGAUACAACUAAAACGGUUGUGUUUCUUCAUGGUAAUCCCACAUCGUCUUAUCUCUGGAGAAAUAUCAUACCUCACGUGACAGAUAUAGCAAGAUGUAUCGCUCCUGACUUGAUAGGAAUGGGUCGGUCUCAGAAAUUGAAGGAUUCGAUGUAUACUUUUGACGAUCAUUACUCAUAUUUGUCGAAUUUAUUGGAAUCUUUAAAUCUUCCGGACAAGUUAAACUUGGUCAUCCAUGACUGGGGAUCUGCUCUUGGUUUUCAUUGGGCCAACUGUAAUCGCGAUCGUGUAGAAUCAAUUACUUUCAUGGAAUCGCUCGUUGCUCCUCUUACCUACGAAGAUUUUCCAGAGGAAGGACGUGAAGCAUUUAAAGCUUUUCGUUCACCGCUAGGUGAAGAGCUCAUUCUCGAAAACAACGCAUUUGUUGAACAGAUCAUACCUUUAGCGAUCAAAAGAACGUUAAAGCCAGAGGAGAUGGAAGUAUACAGAAAACCUUUUGCCGACAAAGGAGAAGGGCGUAGGCCAACAUUAACAUUUCCACGGCAGCUUAUAAUCGACGGUCUAGGAGACAAUGGACCAGAAUCUGUUAGAGAAAAGAUGCUAUCUUACAAAUCAUGGUUGUCCGAAUCUUCCUAUUUACCAAAGCUGUAUAUUGACGCAAAUCCCGGCCAACUGUCGCCUGCAAUUCGUAAGAUUGUACGCAACUGGCCUAACCUGAAGAUGGCGUCCGUGAGCGGCCUUCAUUAUCUGCAAGAGGAUUCACCAGAUGAAAUUGGAGUUUCCAUUCGCGAAUUUUAUUUGAAUCAUGUAUUUAGGUGAUAUAUUUUAAUGCUGCACAAUACAGAAAACUCGCUAUUCGAUGCAAUUCACAAAAAAUGUACUGAAGCGCCAUUUAAACUGAUUAGAACAUAAUUUUUCGCAUUGGCAAGUCGCUGCAAAUUCAUUUUAUUUCUGAUAGUUCACUAGAUAUGUUUUUUAAAAAAAAAUUAUAUACUUCAUGUUAAAUUUCAAAA